AUGUCGACGUGUAUAAUGCAGUACCUUAUUCUCGCCUUCGUUAUGUUUGGUCUGGCCCUCGCGAGGCCCGGUGGUGAUGGCGGCAACCGGACGCAAGGCGAACGACCAGAAGGCGGCGAUGGGGAGAGGAUGGGCAAGGAGCUAGUGGAGGGGAUGGCCAAGUUGUGCGUCCGUAUGUUCGGUGAGGGGGAAGGCAAGCGCGACUUCGCUGCCGCCAAGGUGGAGUUCGGAGACGUGUGUCUCAUGCUUCUCAUGCAACUCGCGGAGAACAAAGAGGCGAUGGCCGGCGAGAUGUCGGCUGACAAGUCGGGGAGUGACAUGGCUCAGGGUGACAGGCCUCAGGGUGGUAGACCUCAGGGGGAGAGACCAGAGGGUGUUACGCCAGCGUUGCGGAGGAUGGGAAAAAUGAGCUCACAGGAGGAUAAGCCCGAGGUUGAGGGAGAGUUUGACGAGGAGCGCGCCCUCAGAGAGACCUGCAGGAAGUUGAUCCAGCUCGCAAAGCACGCGGAAGAGAAUGAUGAUGCCAGACGUCAAUUUGACCCCGUUGCCCUGUUUGAGGCGAUGGCUGACGUAUGCGAGAUGCUCGGACCCGUCGAGGCCCCUGAGGAAUAAUAAGCUUCCCCACUGCGGACCCACUACGGCGAUAACCAGAACGACCGAUCAACUGACCGAUAACCGAUAGUUUAAAAUUUGAUUGUGAUGAAUAUA